GACAACUUGUCGUGCUCCAAAUUCUAAAAUGUAAUGAGUUCCAAAAUUGAAUCCGUGUCGGGAAGGAAGACAGCACAGGAGCACGUUAAGACGUUGGGAUAUCGGUUUGUGGCGCGAUUGGGCGAAGGGACGUUCUCCAAGGUUUACCUUACUGAGUACACAAGCCCGAACGCAGUUGGUGUUGAAAAGCUAGCUUGCAAGCUGAUUGACACAGCGGUGUGCAGUGCCAAGUUCCGGCGCAAGUUCUUACCGCGAGAACUGGCGGUUCUGCUACGAGUCCGCCAUCCGCACAUCAUCCGGAUCCAGGCGAUCGUCAAAUGUCACUCGAAGAUCUUUAUAUUUAUGCGGUACGCCGAACUGGGCGACCUGUUGACCUUUAUCCUUGCCCAUGGAGCUAUUGGCGAGAGUCAGAGCAGGAUAUGGGGACGCCAAGUCGGACUUGCAUUGCAAUACCUGCACGAAUCCGGGAUAGCACACCGGGAUCUCAAGUGCGAGAACAUCUUGAUCACCACGAACUUCAACGUCAAAUUGAGCGACUUUGGAUUUGCACGGCACGUGAUGCGAAGUCACGAGGUGGAACUGAGCAGCACCUACUGCGGAUCGUUUGACUACGCCUCGCCGGAGAUCCUCAAGGGGACGCCCUACAAUCCCAAAGCAUCCGACAUGUGGGCCUACGGAGUACUCCUCUACGUUAUGCUCAACAAAUCGAUGCCCUUCAAAGGUCGUACAAAGGCAGUCUACGAGCUCCAGUUGGCUCGCAAGUGGCAGUUUAGAUCGCGAGUCCGCAGCAAGCUAUCCCACCAGGUCAAAUCCCUAGUCACGAACCUGCUAGAACCAAACCCAACCAUUCGUUACACCAUCGACGAAACGCUCAUCAACGACUGGUUUAUGGACGUCCCCAAACUCCGCGCCCUCAACCCGGACGAGUUCGUGUGCCUAGCCGAGGCCCGCUCCGUAACCCGAGCCUGUUCCAGCGACGUGCUGCACGUCCAAUCGAAGCUGCGCCAGUCCGGCAGCGACGUCAUUACGACCAUCAAGCAGGUCGAGCAACGAGACGCGCCCCAAUUUAAAUCCAAUUUGUCACUAAAGACGUCCACCAUCCUACUGCUGCAAGACGACUCCACGGUCAACGAUGCACCACCUGACGACGAAGACCGCCCUGAACCCGCCGACGAACCAGAUGAUCCCCAGCAGCAACCUUCGCCAGAUGAUACCCGUUCGAAAUCGCGACGGAUUCGAACUUACCGCGUUCCUCCGGAUGAGGAUAAGAGCUUCCUCCAUCCCGCGACCGUUUCGAGUGUUCCGUGCCGUGUUUGUGUCCUGCAGAACGACGGAACGGUAACGCUGACGGAAGGUCAACGGACCACUUCGCAGCACCGCUGCGGAUUUGGCAGUCGCUCCAGCUGCACACGGAAAGAAGAUCGGAACGCGACCCGCUGCAAGCGUCAGUGGGACGGUUCGCAAAUCCAGCUGCGUCGAGGCCACUGCGCUGACGGAAAGGGCCUGCUGCAAGCGCCAGUAGGAAGGUUCCGGAAGGUGUGGCUGCGACGAGGCAUCCCGAAGAGAAGUGUUUCGCUGAAGAGCCAGUGUGACACCCCGACCAAAGUGAUUCUUGCUGCAAGCGCAGAAGAACCCCGAGAAGAAAAAAGUGUCUCGCUUACAAGCAAGUGUGACACCCCGAUCAGAAGUGUUUUUGCUGCAAGCGCAAAUCCCGAAGAAAAAGUGUGCGAGUUGACCUGCUGCAAGAGCCAGCAAAAUUCUGCAGAAUCCAUUGACCGAACGCUGCCGCUGCUGUGUCGCCACGAGCGCGACCACGGCGGAGUAACCGAUUCCCGAGAGACCUGA